AUGGCUGACAGCGUAUCAGCCUCUGUCGGUGGCGAGCAAGGCCCUAGAGAGCAAAGGUUGUCAAUGCACCAGCCUGCUGGCGACGUGGAAAUGGAAGACCUCUCAAAAUCACAGCCUGACACUGCAAAUCCUGAUACCGAAUUACGACAGAGUCAUGAUGGCGAGAACAAACCAAUACCGGUACCCGCCAAGGACAUAAUGAACCCAUCGGUUGCUGAAGCGUCGUCGUCAGCCCAACGUGAUGGUCCCGCAUCACCCGAAAACGAAGACUUGACCAUUGAUCCAGUGGAAUCCCCAUCAAACAAUGGGGUACCUGCCGUGAGCAUAAUGCUACAGCUUACCAAUGGUGCUAGACACCCCUUCCGUAUUGAUGAAAAGUACCUCACUAAACGCAACAUCACCAUUACGGGAAAGACGGAAGACGGCAACAUGGACCCUGCCAGCAUUACAGUCUAUACACUAAAAGAGCUUAUAUUAAGAGAUUGGCGGGCUGAAUGGGAACCUGCACCAAGGGAGCCGACGAGUAUAAGAUUGAUACACUUUGGUAAACUUCUCGAAGAUAGGAAUCAACUAAGUCACUAUCACUUUAGCACCACCAGUAAAAAUUGGGUACACAUGACUGUGAAACCACAAGACCUGCUGGACGAGGAAGAAGCUGCCAAGAAGGUCAAAGAUUCCAGCUCGCAGCAUGGCAGAAGCGGUUGCUGCGUGAUUUUAUAG